AUGUCGGAAGCCAGCACAAGCGCAGAUGCCCCUCAAAUGGUAGCCUUUGAGCCAGGCGAUCCCUCCAAUCCCUACAACUGGUCAAAAGGCAAAAAGAUGCUCAUCAUCCUGCUCGGAACGCUGGUGGUCUUUAACACCACUCUGGCCAGUUCACUUCCCAGUCUCGCACAGCAUGCCAUCCUCGACCACUUCCACAUUGAUGGGGACAUUGAAGGCCCACUUCCCAACUCCAUUUAUCUCGUGGGAUACAUUCUUGGCCCUACGGUCUGGGCACCGCUCAGUGAACAUAUUGGAAGGAGGUGGAUUACCAUGGGAUCUUUCAUCGCUUAUGCCGCUUUCGAGGGCGCUUGCACGGGUGCGCCGACUUGGGGGAGUCUCAUUGGACUUCGUUUGUUGACGGGCAUCUGUGGAUCUGCUCCCAUUUCUUUGAUCGGAGGCCUUUUCGCCGACGUCUUGGAUGAUCCGGUAUGGCGAGGGAGAUCCAUUGCUUGGUUCGUCACCAUUUCCGGCGUCGGGCCUUUUCUGGGUCCGGUCGUGUCGGGAUGUAUGGUGCAGUUUGGAUGGCAGUGGCCUUUUUGGCUCGAAGUCAUCUGCGCAGGAGCAUGCGCCAUCCCUCUCAUCCUCUUCCUCCCCGAGACCUUCGCCCCCGCACUCCUCCAAGCCAAAGCGAAGAAAUUCCGCAAAGAACAUCUCGACAAACCACCAAUCUACGCACCGCUGGAAUUACAACAACACACAGGCUUCCUACAGCUAGUAACCCGCAUCGUCGCAAGACCCCUCCAAAUGAUCAUCUCAGAACCGAUUGUCGCCGCCUGCUGCAUAUAUCUCGCCUUGGUCUACUCGACAGUCUACAUGCUCUUCCAAUCCUUUGGCGUGAUUUACCCUCCGAUAUAUGGUUUCGGACCCCUACAAACCGGCCUCGCAUUCCUACCCAUGACAGUCGGAGCCUUCAUUUCUCUACCCGUGUACUUUUGCUACGACGCCUACCUCCGCAACGCCAAAUCCGCAAGAAAAUCCUGGGCCUUCAAAGAAGAAUUCCAACGACUUCCUCUAGCCUGUCUCGGAGGUCCCCUAAUGCCGAUCGGCAUGUUCUGGAUCGGAUGGACAGCGCGGAAAUCCAUACAUUGGAUCGUCCCCAUGCUCGGAGGACUCCCCUUUGGUUUGGGAUUCAUCCUGGUUUUCAUCGCUCUGUAUAAUUAUAUGGUGGAUGCGUAUAAAAUCUACUCGGCUAGUGCGGUAGGAGCUACGAGUAUCGUUCGGAGCGUCUGUGGCGUUGUGCUGCCUUUUGCUGCGAGACCUAUGUAUGAGACUCUUGGGGUGGGGUGGGCGUGUAGUUUACUUGGUUUUGCGAGUGCGGUUAUGUGUGCUAUUCCGUGGAUUUUCAUCUCUUGUGGUCCGGAGUUGAGGGCUAGGAGUCGGAUUUGUAGGGAGUUGGCGGGGGCGAGUGAGGAGGGACGGGGACGGGGAGAUAUGGGUGGGAAGCAGGUUUCGGAUGGGGAGUCGCAGCAGGGGGGAGGUGGAGAUGGAGGUGGAGAAGAGGAGGGUUGCGAGGAUGAUGCGGGAUGA